CCCGGAUUCAGUAAAAAUUAAUGAUCAUAGAUAUGGGAUCUAUGGGGAAAGACCAAAGAACAUACCAAAGACGUUAAAAACUAUCCAGGAAAUUGGCGCGAAAAUAAAUGCAAAAUACUACAUUAAUGUUGACAUUUUGGUUAUGAAGAGCAACAAAUAGCAGUAAUAAAAGAAUUUUACAGAGUUGGAUAAAAGUAGAAUGAAAAGUUAAUACACGAAUGUUAAUGUAGAAAUUAGAUCGAAUAUAAAUAGUGUCGUGUAGUGCUACUUGUAUUUUGAAGUAAAUAAAAAAUGACGAAGAAUUCUUUGGAGCAAUUAAAAAAAACCAAAAACUCCUAUGCUACUCGUUCGAAACUUUCAGAAAACAUGUCGAAUAAAAUUACAGAGAAAAAUUCUGGUUUAAAAAACCCUAAAAUUUCCUUAACACCAAGAAAAACGAAAUCUCCUACUUCAGUAAAGGAGUUGCAAAAAUGUAGCCCUUCAACUCCCCCUAAACAAAUGAAAGAAGAAAAUGAUGAAAACAAUAGUACAGGUCAAUUAACACCUUCUUCACUUCUGAGAAAAUUAGAUAUCAAUGGUGUUAAAAAUAAUAAUCUUCAGCCAAAAGAGUUAUUCUCUAGCAAAUUCAAAAGUGCACGAAAAGCAUUGCAUGGUACACAGCCAGCUCAACUGUGGGAAAGAGAAAAGGAAAUUGAGGAACUUAGAAAAUUUAUUUGUGAUUGUUUAAAUAAUAAUAAGUCAGGUACAUUAUAUAUAAGUGGUCCCCCAGGAACUGGAAAAACUGCUGCUUUAUCGCAAAUAUUAAAGGAAAAGUUUUUGCUACAAAUUAAAACCAUUUACAUUAAUUGCACUGCAAUUAAAUCCCCAUCUUAUGUAUAUUCAAGAAUAAUUGAAGAACUUAACAUAAAAACAUCUAGAAAGACUGAAAAAGAGAAUAUUUGUGCUAUUGAAAAAUACCUUUCAAAGGACCACAAAAUGAUUAUGCUUGUGCUAGAUGAAUUAGAUCAGCUGGAUAGCAAAAAGCAAUCUGUUUUGUAUACAAUAUUUGAAUGGCCAUCUCGUCCCAAUUCAAAAUUAAUUUUGAUUGGUAUUGCAAAUGCUCUUGAUCUCACUGAUCGCAUUCUUCCCAGAUUGCAGGCUCGUUGCGAACUUAAACCGAAAUUGAUGCAUUUUGCAUCAUAUUCAAAAGAACAAAUCAUUCAUAUUAUAAUGGAAAGACUGAAGGAAGCUGGAGUUUCUGAUGUUCUAGCAACACCUGCAGUACAUUUGUUGGCAGGAAAAGUUGCUGCAAUUUCGGGAGAUGUAAGACGUGCUUUAGAUAUCAGUAGACGGGUAAUAGAAAUAGCCGAACGAAAAAAUCAAAACAUUUUACGAUCUUUGGAAAAUUUUAACAAUGAAGUUACUGAAAAAGUAUCUCAAACAGUAGAAGUAAAAGAAGUUGUAGACGUUUUGAAUAAUGUUUAUGGUACUUCCCAGAAUUUAAACGACGACUGCGAUAGUUUUCCGCUACAACAAAAAAUUGUUGUGUGCGCUCUAUUGCUGAUGCUUAAGAAAGCUAAAAAUAAGGAUAUUACAAUGGGGAAGCUGCAUGAAGUAUACAGUCGCGUUUGCGAAAAGCGCAACUUGUAUGCAGUCGAUCAAGCCGAAUUCGUGGGAUUGUGUUCACUUAUUGAAACAAAAGGAGUUAUUCGCGUAGCUGGUAAAAAAGAACCAAGACUUCAUAAAGUAACUUUAGAAUGGGACGAAGAGGAAGUUGUUUUAGCUUUGCGUGAUAAAGAAUUAAUGUCUAGUAUUUUACAAGAUACAACAUGUCUUGGGCGACUAUAGAUUUUUAUGUUUAAUGUCUUUUAUUUAUGCUGACAAUUUUAAUGAACUUUUAAGGCGUAUAAAUGUGAUUGUCUAGUUAUAUAAGUUUGACUAGGUCUUUUAAGAUGUAUCUACAUUUGUGUCAAUCGUUUUUAUCUUUGUAAAAAGUAAUAGUAAGAGUUGUAUG